GAAGAGAGAGAGAAAAACAAAAGAGAGAGAUAAACGACGAGGGACGAAGUCUCUGCGAAACAACAACAACUUAAGUUUUGACCUUCUCAGCUUAUAAUCAUCAUUCAAAUUUCAAACCCAAACACGCCCUUAAAUUCAUUUCCGUUUCUUCAUUCUUCUCCAAAACCCUCUUUUCUCUCAAAUCAAAUACAAAUACAAGAAUUUAUUUAUACCCAUUUUACCCUUGGAAAAUUCUCAGAUCCAAAUUCCAAACCCAGAUCUCUUCUAAACCAUGGGAAAUUGCUGCGCUACCCCUGCUGUAGCAGGCGAAGAAAUAACGAACAAAAAGAACAAGAAGGGUAAAAAGGAAAAUCCAUUCGCAACCGAUUAUGCAUACAACAACAACACCACAUCAAAACUAACCGUUUUAAAAGAUCCAACAGGUAACGAAAUCGAAACUCGUUACGAACUCGGUCGUGAACUCGGUAGAGGUGAAUUCGGUGUAACGUAUCUUUGCACAGACAAAGAAACAAGAGAAGAACUUGCGUGUAAGUCGAUAUCGAAGAAGAAGCUUAGAACAGCGAUUGAUAUUGAAGAUGUUAGAAGAGAAGUUGAAAUAAUGAGACACAUGCCAAAGCAUAAUAAUAUUGUUACGUUGAAAGAUACUUAUGAAGAUGAUAAUGCUGUUCAUCUUGUUAUGGAGCUUUGUGAAGGUGGUGAGCUUUUUGAUCGGAUUGUUGCUAGAGGACAUUAUACUGAACGUGCUGCUGCUGCUGUUACCAAAACUAUUGUCGAAGUUGUUCAGAUGUGCCACAAACAUGGUGUGAUGCAUAGGGAUCUCAAGCCUGAGAACUUUUUGUUUGCAAAUAAGAAGGAAACAGCGGCAUUGAAAGCUAUAGAUUUUGGAUUGUCGGUGUUCUUUAAACCAGGGGAGAGAUUUAAUGAGAUAGUUGGAAGUCCAUAUUACAUGGCUCCUGAGGUCUUGAAGAGAAAUUAUGGCCCAGAAGUUGACAUCUGGAGUGCUGGAGUUAUUCUAUACAUCUUACUUUGCGGUGUUCCUCCAUUUUGGGCAGAAACUGAGCAAGGAGUUGCACAAGCAAUCAUACGAUCUGUUGUUGAUUUCAAAAGGGAUCCGUGGCCAAAAGUUUCCGAUAAUGCAAAAGACCUUGUAAAGAAGAUGCUAAAUCCUGACCCAAAGCGGCGACUUACUGCACAAGAAGUGUUAGAUCAUCCAUGGUUAAUAAAUGCAAAGAAAGCUCCCAAUGUUUCGUUAGGAGAAACAGUUAGAGCAAGGCUAAAGCAGUUUUCCGUAAUGAACAAGCUUAAGAAAAGAGCUUUGAGGGUUAUUGCAGAGCAUUUGUCAGUAGAAGAAGCUGCCGGACUAAAAGAAGGAUUCAAUCUUAUGGAUACAACCAACAGAGGCAAGAUCAACAUUGAUGAACUACGAACAGGGUUGCAUAAACUAGGCCAUCAAGUUCCCGAUUCUGAUCUCCAAAUUCUUAUGGAAGCUGGUGAUAUAGACAGGGAUGGAUACCUAGAUUAUGGGGAGUAUGUAGCCAUUUCUGUUCAUCUGAGAAAGAUGGGAAAUGAUGAGCACCUUCACAAAGCCUUUGAUUUUUUUGAUCAAAACCAAACUGGGUAUAUUGAGAUUGAGGAGUUGCGCAAUGCCUUAUCCGAUGAAAUCGAAACAAAUAGUGAAGAAGUCAUUAGUGCAAUUAUGCAUGAUGUGGACACAGAUAAGGAUGGAAAGAUAAGUUAUGAGGAAUUCGCGAAUAUGAUGAAGGCCGGCACAGAUUGGAGAAAGGCAUCAAGGCAGUAUUCGCGAGAGAGGUUUAACAGUCUGAGCUUGAAAUUGAUGAAGGACGGAUCAUUGCAAUUAAACAAUGAUAGAUGAUGACUUUCUUUAGAAAAAUGCCAAAAUUUACCUUUGGAAAAAAGAAAACAUGAUAAAGAAGUCUAUUAUUUUUUAUUUUUAACCUUCUCUUCAUUGUAAUUCUUUAUCCAACACCACCCCAUUUAUGGGUGAAGAAAAAAAAGGAUGUUGGCCCCAGCAGUGUUACUAUGUUGUUUGUAUUGUAUGUGUUUUGUAAUUUUUUCUGGGUUUGUUGAGGUUGUGAUAGGGAGACAAGGAGAGGGUGAAAGAGAGACUGGACAAGUCUCUUCAUUUCUGGUUGUAAAUAUUUCUAAAUUAUCACGCUUUAUAUUGACGUCGCAUAAUUAGGCAAA